CAAGUCCUCUGCACUUGAAGACGAUAAUGCGCAGACCGCUCCUAUCAAGUUCAAAAUCCUCGCAGGUCAAAGCAACUAUAAGCUUGCAGAAGAAGUCGCAGCAUUCCUUGGAAUGCCAUUGAUGCAAGCAACAGUUGGAAGGUUUUCUGACGGAGAAGUUAGCGUACAACUUAAAGAGAGCGUGAGAAACGUCCAUAUAUUCGUGAUACAGUCAACUUGCCCUCCAGUGAACGAAAAUCUUGUCGAGCUCUUCUUCAUGAUCCGCUGCUUACGUCGCGCUUCAGCAAAAACUGUGACGGCGAUCAUCCCGUACUUCGGAUACGCUCGUCAGGACCGCAAGACACAAGCUCGAGUGCCCAUUUCUGCUUCCGAUGUCGCCAUGAUGCUUGAAUCUGCGGGUACAGACCGAGUUCUGGCAGUAGAUUUGCAUUGUGGGCAGAUUCAGGGAUUUUUCCAUCAUACUCCAGUCGACAACCUCACUGCUCUCCGAGACAUCGCUCCUUACUUAGUCCGAGAGGUCAUCCCUAACUUCAAGGACGACCCGAUCUGUAUCGUUUCACCUGAUGCUGGGGGUGUUGCAAGAGCCAAGCUCUUCAUGGAGGUGCUCGGAAAGUUGGGAGUCUGCAACUUAUCACUUGCCAUCACGGUGAAGCAUCGCUCUUCACCUGGUGUAGUCGAAGGGAUGAACGUCGUUGGGGAGAUCGAGGGCAAACACUGUAUCAUCGUGGAUGACAUGAUUGACACUGCGGGAACCCUGUGCAAAAGUGCAGAUACUUUGAUGGAAAUGGGUGCGAAGAGUGUGUUGGCUUGCGCUACGCACGGUUUGUUCAACGGAAGCGCGUUGGAACGGAUCGAGAAGAGCGUUAUGUCGCACGUGAUUGUUGCCGACACAAUUCCUGCCAAGAAGAACGCUCCCUCUAAGAUCAAGAGUGUGUCGAGUCUCUUCGAGGUCAGAAUGACGCCGGUUGCUCAAAGAAUCUCCCUGGCAGACGUUCAGCCAUGA